AUGUCAACAUCUUCUUCAUUUUCAAAUCCAAUGACAUCAUCUUCAAUAGUCGAACUUGCAAUUACUUGUGAUCAAAAUAAUGAAAAUCAAUCUGAACCAUCCAAUCAAACACCAUUUUAUUCAUUAGCUACAUCAGUUCCAAAAUAUAAUCGAGCAACUAAUUCAGUUAGUCUUCAGCCAAUAACAACAUAUAAUACAAGUAUACAAUAUCAUGAUAAUGAUUAUAGAAACCAAGAAGAAGAACAUCUUCUUGGUUUACAUUAUGAUUCUAAUCGAUUAAAACGAGAAAAAUUAUUACUUUUUACAAAUAUUUUUCGUCUUUUAAUCAUUUUUAUUCUUGCACCAAUUAUUUAUUAUUUAGUUUAA